AUGGAAGCCAACCAACAUUCAAAUACUGCUAAUCAAUCAACUGAUGGGUACUUAUCUGACAUAACAGCAAAAAAGAAUAAAUAUAAUAUCUUACAAUCAGCACCUACCAAUACAUCCGAUGAACCAAGAAGUCGAAGUCAUUCAAUUAAACAUUGGUUUAGCAAAAAUUUGACGAAUAUUACAACAUCUCAUGGGUCUCAUGAGGAAUCUUUUCGACGUCAACGAGCAAAUACAACGACACAGCAUGGUAGACAUAGUCCACCACCAUCAAGUUUCCCAUCCGUUAAUAGAUUCGCAAACAUAUCUGAACAACGACAAAGAUCAUCGACCAUGGAUUCAAUUACUUCAUCAAGUAAAAAAGUGCCACGACCCAAAAAAAUUCUUACGGCUACCGAUCAACAGGUACAACAAGCGCCGUCUGUAUUUCAAUUUAUGCUCGGUCGUUAA